AUGGAUUUAAUAUCAGAUGAAAACACAAAAUGCGUGGAUCAUGUGAAGAGACCUUGGUAUAAAUAUGUGACGGUGGAACCAGUGAUGUUCUUCUACAUGCUGGCCUUCAUGAUCACCAAUGUGAUAGAGCAGACAUUCUACAUGUUCAAAGCAUGCACUGUAAACCAUGGCUACAGUGAGGAGAUAUGUUACAAUAUUAGCAGCUAUAAAGAAAUCAAUACUGAAGUGCAGGUGACCGUCUCGACGUUCCACCAGUGGAACGGAAUCGCCAGCCACGUAGUGCCGCUCCUGUUGGCCUUCUUCAUUGGCACUUACAGCGAUAAACGGGGGAGGAAGUCGAUCCUGCUCGCUGGGCUGCUGGGGAAACUUUACUUCUCGAUUGUUAUCACCCUGAACACUAUGAACGCUUGGCCCGUGGAGUACGUUAUAUACACGGCUGCCUUUCCGAGCGCUCUCACCGGCGCGGACCUGUCGAUUUUCGCCGGUAGCUUCGCCUACAUUUCGGACGUGACGUCAUUGAAGGAAAGGACUCUACGCGUGGGCAUCCUGGACAUCGUGUAUCUGAGCACCAUGCCGACGGGCGUUGCCAUCGGCAACUUGCUGUAUACGAAGGUCGUGAACAGAUCCUUCACGGCGAUGUUCCUCAUCAACGCCUGCCUAAUGCUCGUCGCGACGGUGUACUGUGCAAUCGCGCUGAAGUGGCAGACCCGGCCCGAGCAGAAGUCCCUCAGGGAGGCGAACGUGCGGAACCCCAUCGCGGAUUUCUUCGACCUGAGGAACAUAAAUCGGACCCUAGUCACGCUGUCCAAGAAGCGGCCGAACAACAGGAGGCUACUACUGUGGUUCCUGCUCAUCUCCAUGGCGUUUUACACGUUCCAGAGAGACGAAAGACCGGUGAUGUAUCUGUAUACGACAUACGUCUUCGGAUGGGACGCUACAGACUUCAGCAACUUCAGGACAUACCUGAGCACGGCCUAUGUGGUCGUGAUGCUGUUUGGAAUACCUUUGUUCACCAAAGUGCUCAAUUGGAGGGAUACGCUGAUAAUAAUGGUCGGGGCGGGGGCGCACAUCGCCGGGCACACGGUGUACGCGCACGCACAGAGCGGCGGCGCGAUGUACGCGGGCGCGGCCGCCGCCGCCCUAGGGCCCUGCGUGGCGCCGCUGGUCCGCGCGAUGACCUCAAAGGUCCUCCCGCCGGCGGAGAGAGGCGUGGCUUUCGCGUUCCUUUCGGUGAUGGAGAACGCGGUGGCUAUGUUCGCCUCCGUGGUCUACUCGCAGCUGUACAAGGCGACACUGGGCACCGGAUACGUGAACGCAAUCUUCUACCUCACCAUCGGCACCCAGGUGGUCGUGUUUUUAUUGGCGCUAACCACGGAUUUACUGCUGAAGGGCCAACCAUUGGAGGCAUUCGUGGAGGCGGACGAAAGGCGCCUCUCGACGGCUUCG